UCCCGGAAGCUUUAGUCAGGAUGUCCCUCUCCCCGAAGAUGUUGCCGUGCAAGAAGAGGAGAGGCAUCCCAGUCGAUUCCCCCGAGGGGGAGACGGGUCCCUCUUCAGGUGCACCGUCUGUUACAAUGGAGACUUCCUCCUCAGGCGGGAUCCACCAAUUCCAGGGCUUGGUGCAGCAGGACGAGGAAGCCGUCUUGACCGAAAAGAGGGCUCGGCUCAGCCCACCUGUUGAAAGGUUUGCCUGUUCGUCACCACCAACUCUGCCGGCACCUGUCGGGGACUUCGUGUCGAAAGCGCCUGGCAGUGAAAUAGCAAAGGGAGUUGACGUUCCAUCUAGAAACGCCCCUCAGAAAGGCUACAGGGAACCAGCAGAGGCUUUGUUGAAAGGUGAGAAGAAGGUCUUCUCUAGGCCGGGGUCAGAUGGGUGUCGGCAGAAAAGUGAGGCGAGCCAGGAUUCAAAGGCAGCACCCGACUUUGUCAUGGAGAAGGAGCAGAAACUGGGCCGUGAAGCCGUUGGCCUUUCACCAAAGCCGGGGGCUGAAUGUGAGGAGGGGGAUGCCGCCUCUAACACAAAGGCCCCGAAGUUCACACAAGGCAGUGAGUUGCUUCUAGAGGCUGAGGAGGAAGCUGAAGAGAUGGGGCUGUUUAUCCCAGUGGAGGAGCAAGAGGAAGGCGGGAAGAAGAAGAGGAGGAGGGCCGCUAAACGGAAGCGGGAGGGGAAAGGCCAGGAGGAGGAAGAGGAGGAGGAAGCACCCUUGGCUUGCGACCUCAGGCUAGAUGACACCCUGGACCGGACUCUGGAAGACGGGGCGAAACAGCAUAACCUGACAGCCGUCAACGUGCGGAACAUCCUCCACGAAGUGAUCACCAAUGAACAUGUCGUGGCCAUGAUGAAAGCCGCUAUCAGUGAGACCGAGGACAUCCCCAUGUUUGAGCCAAAGAUGACUCGCUCCAAGCUGAAGGAAGUGGUGGAGAAAGGAGUGGUAAUCCCUACGUGGAAUAUUUCUCCGAUCAAGAAGGCAAAUGAAAUCAAGCCCCCCCAAUUUGUGGACAUUCCCCUUGAGGAGGACGAUUCCUCUGAUGAAGAGUACCAGCCAGAGGAGGAGGAAGAGGAUGAGACAGCAGAGGAGGGCUUGUUGGAGAGUGACGUGGAAAGCGCUACCUCAUCUCCGCAUGGGCCCAAAUAUUCCCACGCCAGACAGUCGUCUGAUGCAAUGGAAGUGGAAGAGGAGGGGGUGGUGCCGCUGGAGGCAGAGAAGGCCUCUGUGCCCCCCCUUCAGCGGCACAUCAGUGCCGAAGUGGUGCCGAUGGGGCCCCCUCCCCCUCCCAAGCCCAAGCAGAGCAAGGACUGCACCUUCAUGGAGAAGCUUCACGCGGUGGACGAAGAGCUGGCCUCCAGCCCCGUCUGCAUGGAUUCCUACCAGCCUUUGGAAGACAGCUUGAUCGCCUUCCGCACCCGCUCCAAGAGGCCCCUGAAGGACGUGCCCCUCGGCCAGCUGGAGGCGGAGCUCCGUGCCCCGGAUAUCACCCCCGACAUGUAUGACCCCAACACGGCGGAUGACGAGGAGUGGAAGAGCUGGCUCGGCGGCCUUAUGAAUGACGAUGUGGGAAAUGAAGAUGAGGCCGAUGACGACGACGACCCCGAGUACAACUUCCUGGAGGACCUGGACGAGCCGGACACGGAGGAUUUCCGCAAUGACCGGGCCGUGAGAAUUACAAAGAAAGAGGUGAACGAGCUGAUGGAAGAGCUGUUUGAGACGUUCCAGGACGAGAUGGGUUUCUCCAACGUGGAGGACGAAGGGCCGGAGGAUGAAGACAGUGCUGCAGAGGCCCGGCCGACUUUUAACACUCCCCAGGUGCUCAGGUUUGAAGAGCCCCUGGCCAACCUGCUGAAACAGCACCGGACGGUGAAGGAACAGCUGGAGCAGCUGCGCAUGAAGAAGUCGGUCAUCAAGCCGCCCCUGGAGGUGGAGACUCCAAAGCCGCCAUGCAAGAAGCCUCCUGUCCUGACCCUGGACGCCCGGCAGAGGAAGAAACUCCAGCAUCAGAUGCAGCAGCACGUCCAGCUCCUGACCCAGAUCCACCUCCUCUGCAGCUCCACCCCCAGCCUGAGCUCUGAGGCCAGCACCACCGAGCUCUUCCUGACCGAGCUGAACUCCUUUGCCCAGAGCGCCGCUCUCCUCCACCACCCGCUCAACCCCAAGGCCCAGACCUCCUUCCAGCCCUGCAACCUGAAGGAAGCCCUGCAGCUCGUGGAGGACUUCCAUGCCCACGUCAAGGUGGAGGGGAGCCCACGCAAAGGCGUCAAAAAGAACGCCCAAGACGUCCAAUGCCUGCCGAAGCAAGUUGCCUGGAUCCUGGCCACGAGGCAGGUCUUCAUGUACCCGCAGCUGCUGCCCAUCUGCGCCCUGAAGGCCAAAACGCCCCGCGACAAGAUCAUCUUCACCAAAGGGGAGGACAACUUGCUAGCUUUGGGACUGAAGCAUUUCGAAGGGACGGAGUUCCCGAAGCCCCUGAUCAGCAAGUACCUCCUGACCACCAAAACCGCCCACCAGCUGAUGGUGCACAUCAAGAACUUCACCAUGAACCGGGCCCCGGACAACGUCAUCAAAUACUACAAGAAGACGAAGCAGUUGCCUGUUCUAUCUCCGCUCUGCGAGGAGAUCCAGCCCGGCGACCGGAAGCCUCCCAUCGAGAGGGAGGAGCAUCUCUUACCCUCCUGGUUGAAGGACAGUUUGCCUUACCUCCAAGAAGCGCUGGAGCAGCGUGCUGAAGAAGCGUCCCCCGAUGAUUCCAAGCUUGGCCAGCCGGUGAAAGAGUCUGCAGAAUGGAUGAGGGACGGGAAGUAUUCCCUGCAUGCGCCUAACGGGCUGGAACUGAUCCUGAGGCCGCUCCCCAGCCACUUCUACAAAAAGUCCUGGAGGCGGCAGCGGCCCGCCACCGCAAAGGCCCUCCCUGCCCGGAGUGGUGGUGCCGGCAACUGCCCGAAGGUGACCCCGAAGCAGUCGCAGCCAGAAGCCCCUCCCAGCAAGAUGGCCGCCCGCAUCCCCCGCUGGAUCCAGCCCGCACCGGUGGCCCAGCCCCUGCCCAGGGUCCAGCACGUGAGCCUGCAGCCAGCUGUGGCGAACGGGAGCAGAUUUGAGCUCCGGGGCCUGCUCCCCGCUCAGCAUUCCGGCGCCAGGCCCUGCUUGGCAGCUGCUGUGCCCCAGAACUUGAUCUCUUCUGUGCCCGUCGCCUUUCAGCCCAAAAUGAUGCUCCCGGUGCUCCCCGUGUCCAAAAUCUGGAAGCCCAGCUCCCCCAGAAGGUACCAGAAGAAGAGGGGCCCCAAAUCGGCUCCGCUGCUCCCCUCGGCUCCUGUGGUCUUCACCGUCCCUGCCGCCGCAGUGAAAACGGUCAGCAUCGCCAAUGGCUGCAAUGUACUGCAGCCCUUGGCUAGCGUCGCGGGAGGCCCCACGCAGCCCAUUCCCAUCACCACCCUGCUGGUGAACCCCGCCCCCUUCUCCUGCCCACUCAGCCAGCCGCUCGUGACCUCUCCCUCCCCUUCCUUGGUGGUCCCGGCAAACUCCCCCAGCUUUCCCGCGUCUGCCAAAGGAACUGAAUUUGUCAGCCUGGCUGCUGGGGGCGGUGAAUGCGGGUGCCCCGUUCCGGAACCCCAGAUGGAGCCGCGGGAGCCGUCUUUGCGAGCAACGACGCCCGCUGAGGAGGACCGUGGCCCGCAGACUUCUGAGCCAGAGGUUGGGGGCCAAACAGCAGCUUCUAUCCAGGGUUGCAUGGAAGCGACAAAGGAGAAAGUCGCAGAGUUGCCCGCCGAGGGCCACCUCUCCCCUUUAGCAGAAUUAGCAGAGAAAAUGGAGGCUGAGUCCGAAGAAUUCUGCAGUGUCCCACCAGAAGCGGCUCCGGUUCCAGCAGAGACAAGUUCCGUAGUUGCUCCAGUUGAAGAGGAGCUGGUGCUGGGUCUGGGACAGGAACUCGAUGUGGAUCCCACCCCGGAGGGCGCAAGCGAGCCGAAGGAAACGAAGGACGAGCGGAGCGCUGCUGAGAUGGGGGGGCAGCGCCCGGGAGGCACGGCUGCCGGGGCAGAAGGGGGCUCCCCCAAGGACGUCUCCAACACGGCAGCCGGCGAGGCAGAGUCCAGGAGCCCCUCCGUGAAGCCGGAGGAUCCGCCCAGUGCAGAUGGCCCGGCUGCGGGAGUGGUGGCCGGCCGGGAGGCGACGGGCGAGAAGGACGGUCCGGAGGAGGAGGAGGAGGAGGACUUUGACGACCUCACGCAAGACGAGGAAGACGAGAUGUCAUCGGCUUCGGAGGAAUCGGUGCUGUCCGUUCCAGAGCUUCAGGAGACCAUGGAGAAGCUGACCUGGCUGGCCUCCGAGAGGCGCCUGAGCCAAGAGGGCGACUCAGAGGAGGAGAAUUCGCAGGAGGAGAACUCUGAGCCGGAGGAGGAAGAGGAAGAGGAGGAGGAAGGGGAAGGGGAGAACCCGGAGAGCCUGCAGAAGGAGGACGAGAUGAUGGACGAGGCGGCGGGGCCUGGGGACGGGCCGGCGUCGUCUCUCGCAUUGACCAGUGCUGCCCCCGAGGUGGAGCCCAGCAGCAACCCUCCAGGGGAGUGUGCCAAAGCCCCCGGGAAAAGCCGGGGCUCCCACAGGGCCCGGGCCAAGAGGGGCCGGGCUCGGGCCAGCAAGGACACCUCCAAGCUGCUGCUGCUGUACGACGAAGACAUUCUGGAGAGGGACCCGCUGCGGGAGCAGAAGGACUUGGCCUUUGCCCAGGCGUACCUGAGCAGGGUCCGCGAGGCCUUGCGUCACCUCCCGGGCAAGUAUGAGGAGUUCCUGCGCAUCAUCUACGAGUUCGAGAGCAACGCCCACAAGCAGACGGCCGUGGACCUCUACGCCCGCCUGCGCAGCCUCCUGCGGGAGUGGCCGCAGCUGCUCACUGACUUCGCCGCCUUCCUCUUGCCGGAGCAGGCCCUGGAGUGCGGGCUGUUCGAGGAGCAGCAGGCCUUUGAGAAGAGCCGGAAGUUCCUGCGGCAGCUGGAGAUCUGCUUUGCCGAAAACCCCUCCCACCACCAAAAGAUCAUCAAAGUGCUGCAGAGCUGUGCCGAGUGCUUGCCCCAGGAGAUCAUGGAGUUGAAGACCCAGAUGUGGCAGCUGUUGAAAGGGCACGACCACCUGCAGGAUGAGUUCUCCAUCUUCUUCGAUCACUUGCGCCCGUCGGCCAGCCGCAUGGGAGACUUUGAGGAGGUCAGCUGGACGGAGGAGAAAGAGUACGAGUUUGACGGGUUUGAAGAAGUGUUGUUGCCCGAUGCGGAAGAGGACGAGGAGCCCCCCAAAAUCCACGCCUCCUCAAAACACAAGAAGCGGAAGGAGCUCGGGGGCCAGAACGCGGACAAGGAGGCGGAGUGGGCAGAGGGGGCAAAGGAGUGCUCCUGCACCUGCCACGAGGGGAACGGCGAUGCGAGGUUGAAGAGGAGCAAGCGGAAGGGCUGCAGCCACUGUAGCAACAAGGCAGGAGACGGCAAGGUGUACAAGCCCAAAGAGGCCCCGGAGCCCACGGACGGCCUCGUCCCUCCGGAACCCAACCCCCGCCCGGAAGGGAAGGAGCUCGCGGAGGAAAACCCCGAGCACAAAGACGACAGGGAGGCUCCCCAGGGCAGGGUGAGGGCGGCUGCUAGGAGAGCGGACUUCGCUGUUGCUGCAGGUUCCCGUACGGAUGGGAAGGUUCCGUCGUGCAGAGAGGCCUCGCUCGAGGGGGACGUGGCCCUGGCUGGCAGGACUGUAGAGCCACGCUCUCUGCAGGGACCUCAUUGUCCCCAAAAGGCACCCGCGGCUGAUGCUGCCGCACAACCCCCCGCGACUCCUGCAUCUUCUUUGAUACAGGCGCAAAGGACAGGUGCUCCUAAGCAGCGACCCAAAGGCGGCGGCUGCCCUGCGGGUGGGGAGGGUGAGGCAGGGCGAGGCCCAAGGAGCACCGAGGCUUCUUGUGGGCUUGGCAAAGACCUCUUGGGGCCAGAGGCUUCCGUGGGGACAGCGGGGAAGGUCCCCGGUUCUCCUCCAGCCAAGAGUUUGCCACAGAGACCCGCGCUUCAGCCCGCCCUCUCGGAGGAGCCCGCCACUCUGCGCCUCCAGGAAACAGAGGGGGAAAGGUUGGCUGCUUCUGCAGGCGUGAAAGCAAAGGAAGCCGAGGGGGUGCCCCCCAAAGACCCUGGGCCGAAGGCAGCAGCGGGAAAGAACAGCGGCUCGCCGGCUUGCGCAGAGUCCCCUGGCCCUUGCCACCUGCGAGCCCCGGCCUCCGAUCAAAAGGCAAAGGCCGCGGGGGCGUCGGGCCCAAGCGCCCGUCUGCAAGAGCAGCCGCCAGCGGUGGGAGGAGCGGAGCAGGCUUUGCCCCGCCCGCCCAGGCCGAGGGGAGAGGAGCCGCAGCAGAGAGCGACGGAGGCCGUGGUCUGCGCCAAGAACAUCAAGGUCAGCUCCACGGGGGAGAAGGUCGUCCUGUGGACCAGGGAGGCUGACCGGGUCAUCCUGACCACCUGCCAGGAACGAGGCGCUCAACAGGACACGUUUCAGGCCAUCUCCCGGCAGCUGCACAACAAAACGGCCGAGGAAGUGGCCCAGCGCUUCAGGGAGCUGAUGACGCUGUUCCACACGGCCUGCGACGUCAGCUCGGACGACGAAGACGACGGCACCAGCACCAGCAACACCGACCAGCUCUCAGACAAAGAUCCGGUUCUCUCUGAAGAAGAGCAGGAGGAAUGAGCCUGCGAGGCCAGAGACAGCGUUGCUGCGCCAGGCGGUGCCUUGAGGAGGGAGAUCUUCUCCGUUCUGGGGAACGUUGCCGGCUCGCCCACCUCCUCCUCUUUGCAGCAGGCUCCCCCUACAACUUGGGUAGAAUACAGGCUGCCUCCUGCCCUGUCCCACCCCCCAGAUAUCCCGUGGAAGCUGCCUUCAGAGAAUUGUUGCACGUGAAGGCUGGGGUGGGAUUUGCCGUGUAGUGGAAACAGGUAGGGUUGCACUUGGACAACAUGUGAUGUAAAUAUUUUAACAG